UCUCACUCCCUCUCUCUCUCUCUCUCUCUCUCUCCGUCUCAGCAGCGAAGGAAGCAGAGGAGGAGCCAAAAUCAAUGGCGGCCAACAAUUUCGCGACGAAGCUAAGCAGGAACACCAACAGAAUCACAGUAAUCUUGGUCUACGCAUUCCUCGAAUGGCUUCUCAUGUUUUUCAUCUUCCUCAAUUCCCUUUUCACUUACUUCGUCGUCAAAUUCGCUUCUUUCUUCGGCCUUAAGCAAGUUUGUCUUCUCUGCCCUAAGCUAGAUCGACUCUUCGAGCGAAACCCGGAAAACAGAUUCACUUACUACAGAGAGCUUUUAUGUCAAAAUCACGUCGCCGAGCUCGCCAGUCUCAGCUUUUGCAAAACUCACGGGAAAAUAUCCGAAUCGGCGAACUUGUGCUCAGAUUGCUCAAAUCGCGAAGAGGAAAGGAGCAACAUUGGUUUAGGGUUUUGCACAUGUUGUCAGAAGAGCUUGGCUGAGAAAACCUACCCUAAUUACUUGCUUAUCAAGUCAUCAAUUUGGGGAAAAACUCUGGGAGAUAGAGAAAACGGAGGAUUAAUCUUAGAGAUGAUCGAUGAUGAUAAAUUUUUUGGAGAUGGGUUUGACAUAGAGAGAGAAUCAUAUCCCUUGGGGUUCUUCAAAGGUAAAGCAGAAGAAGGUAAGAUACAAGAGCAGCAUAAUGGUGAAGUGAUUUCAGAUGUUGAGAGCUAUGGUUUAAGCCUGAGAGAAGUGUCUGAGGAGGAAGGUUUAAGAUCUAUCAUCAGCAAUAAUUCUCCCGGGAACGAAGAGGAGAUACCAGAAGCUAAAUCAAGGGUUUCAAAGGAUGAACAAAAGGAUGAUGAUGACACAGGCAAUGUUGAGACACAUGGGGAAGAUCAAAUUUCAGUGCGUGUGGAAGAAAAAGAAGAAGUUGAAGAAGAAGAAGCAGAUUUGUUGGAUGACCAGUUUGAGAGCAAGAAUUUGACUGGUAGACAAAAUGAAGAAGAAGAAGAUAGAGAAGAAAAGACUAAGAAGCUUGAUCCGGAAACUCCAACUUCAAUCAGUACUUUAUUCAACAAGAAACUACUUUUCCUUGCCAGAAAUGAGUAUGCAGAUGAUGGGAGUGUAUUAGUGAGUGAGAUGGAAGUUGGCGAUCCUUUAAAGACUAUUGAAAGGCUGAAAGAGACUGUGAAAGCAGAACAAGAAGCACUGAGAGAUUUAUAUGCAGAGCUGGAGGAAGAAAGAAGCGCAUCUGCAAUAUCGGCUAACCAGACAAUGGCAAUGAUCACAAGGCUACAAGAAGAGAAAGCAAAAGUUCAGAUGGAAGCGUUGCAGUAUCAAAGAAUGAUGGAGGAACAAGCCGAGUAUGAUCAAGAAGCCUUACAGCUGUUGAAUCAUUUGAUGGUGAAACGAGAGAAAGAGAAGGAACAACUCCAGAGAGAACUUGAGAUUUAUCGAGAGAAGGUUUUGGAGUAUGAAUCGAAUGCUACGAACAAAAUCACAAUUACAAAAAGCAACUGUGAGGAUGAUAAUGAUAAUAAUGAUGAUGAGAAAAGGGAGGAGAAUGGAGAAGAGGAUAAUUCUUCUGAAACAGAUGUGGAUUUGGAGAAGAUAACAUUGGAUUGCGUACAACAUAUGAGCAUGCUUGGUGACUCCUUAUCAGAGUUUGAGGAAGAGAGGCUAGUAAUUUUGGAUCAGCUUAGGGUUUUAGAGGACAGACUAGUAACAAUGCAGGACAAUGAGUCAGCUGAGGAUCCAAAAUUUCCAGGAGAAUUUAGCAAUAGUUACGAAGAAGAGAGUUAUAACGAACAUGAAGGACAAACAAUGGCAUCAAUGGCAAAGAGUUUGCUACCUCUUCUAGACGCAGCAGAGAAUGAAUCAGAAGACGAGUAUCAAGAACUACCGGAAUCCAUUGAAAAGAACUUUGGUUUGGAAAGUGAGAAGCUAGAGAUCAUCAAACAAGUUGAUAGUGUCUAUGAGAGGUUACAGGAGCUGGAAACAGAUGGAGAGUUUCUGAAAAACUGUAUGAGUUCGGCGAAGAAAGGUGACAAAGGAACAGAUAUUCUCAAAGAUAUUUUGCAACAUCUCCGUGAUUUUAGAACCAUUGAACUCACAGACACAAUCGAAAACCAGACGACACAGGACGAGUGAUGGUUAUUUACAAGAAUUAUGAACUCUUUCACCAUUAUUCAGACAGGUUUCAAGAACAGCUGGAAUCAAUAUCUUGCACUGCUCAAUGGAGGAUCUGAGGGUUACAGAAAUUCUCAGCUGGUUUUUUGUGUGUUUUUGUUGUUGUUUGGAGUAACAAAAGGAUUCUCACUAGUCAUUGGAUGUGUAUGUAAAUUGUUUUGUGUUUCAAUUGGAAGAAAAGGAAAAUAAUUAUUUUGAAAGUAAAUGACAUGUUCAUGAUA